AUGUCUUCGGACAUGCUCUCAAGCAUUGACAACUACAACUCCCUGGCCACACAGACGUGCCGGAAUAGCUUGGAUCGCAGAUAUCGCUUUGUCACUGGUGUGGAGAUUCGCAAUUCAAAUUGUUGGCGGCAUGGCAAGACUGGGGUUUGGAUGGAGGUGCACAGGCCCGUGAAGCGAGUCGAUGACAGAUGGAUGAUGACUCGAAUGCUGGCUCGGACGCAAUUGCUGUUCUCCUCCGGACGUUGCCGCACUCGGUUUUCUAGGCCCAUGAGGCUGCCAAGAGAGCACUGCCUGGUUGUUUCCUCCUAUGAGCCCUGGGAGAUCUUCGCCAAAUCGGCUCGGGGCUGGUGGCGCAUGGUGGGCGAGUCUUUCGUAGGAUGGCUGCCUAGCCCUGGGGAUCUAGUGCAGUGGCCCAGAGCCAGGAGAGCUCAUGCACUGCAGGCACCAUCUCAGUGGCACCUGCCUCUGCCAAGCAACAAGUCGAGGGGCAGCCGCAUUGUCUUUCAUCUAGCAGCGCUUCCGGAAAGAGUCGCACGAGCGCGGAGAGCCGAGAGGGCGGAGCAGAAGUCUACACAGGAGAUUGCCUUGGAAUCUGUAAAGAAGCAAUGGCUUCGUCGAGGUCCUACAGUUUUCAACUGUAAUGCAAGCGGCUUCCACCCCGAGUGGAGCGAGCUCCGACAGCGCCUAUGGCUUUGGGCCAAGGGCGUGGAUCUCGAGCUUUUGCCAUCGGUGCCGGAAGAUGUUUUGGCAUCGUCGCUGGCUGCAAUGCAGAAGCCGCAGGAAAAGGGCUCAAGCGACCUGACGGCGGCCAUUCUCUCAGGUGAAGCCUCAGAGGCGGACUGGCUCCACAAUCUGGCAGUGCAGGAGAAGAACGUCUGCAUGUUGGGACUCAUCAACGCUCUCUUCGUGGUUGGUGUGCACAAGCUCAAGAUUGGGCUAGACGCGACGAGAAUCAUGCUGGCUCUGUACAACUUCGCCUUCCAGCCGGCGAACCAGGCAUAUUGGGUUCUUUUGGAUGGGCGUGUCUGGCCGGUGACAGCUGCAGCGGUUAUGAACUACUUGGACGUCUUUGCUGAAGAAACUCAGGUGCAUUGGCGUCGCUGCCCCUGUCCACCAGGGAAGCCGAAGUUUUGGCCUCCGCCUCCGACCCGAAGCUCAAGACGCAUCGGUGUGGCCAUCCUCGGGAACCACAACUACAUCGCCGACGUUGCCCUAGGCUUCCAGGACGCUUCAGCUGAAGUGGGCUUUUUUGUGGACAUCGCGAUCUUGGGCUACGCUCUCGCGCAGAAGUACGAUUCAGCAAGGGAGUAUUGCAGGCUUCUUCGAAGCGGCACCUGCGUGCCCAAUUUUCGAGUGGAGUACGUGCUGCACCAGCUCACCAAGGUGAACCCCCGUGAGGGGUCGGUGAUUACUCCCAAUCUGAAGCGGAGAGGGGAAACUGCACGCAGUAUUGAUGAGCUCAAUUCCCUGGAGGGAAUCACAUUGGGCCAGAUGCGAACCAUGCUUGAGAGAACGGUCCAUGCUACCCCGGAAAUAGAGCAAGCCGACCUCCUUGUGUGCACGUAUCCCUACAUCUAUGCCUUGCUGCUGGAUGAGGUCCCUGCAACUCGGAGCAAGGCAUUCCUGCUCCCGCUGCAGGGCGGCGUGCCGGCUGAAUACACCGAGGAGGACCUGCAAGCUUGGUUGCACGGCCGGCUCACGCGCUGGACCCAGGAGCUCAACAAGACGUCGGACCAGGGGCCAAGGUGGGUGGUUGCCAUGAACGGCAUACAGCACGCGUGGUAUGGCAGGGCCAUUGGGCCUAUGCCCUUCCUGCCGCUUGCCGGCCGGCACGUCCUGGGCGUGGCGGCUAAGACUGGCUCACACAUUCAUCGUCACGGACGCAUCCUGCUGCACAGGUUCGAGUUCAUCUUGGCGCCCCAGGAGUACCAGCUGGUCAAGUUCGUGCUGGAAGAUGCUCUGCGGAAUGCGAACUACCCUAGGCAGUACUUUCUUUACAGCCAAAAGGAGUUCAGGAUCUUCGAGCUCUUCAACUUCAAGGCCGUAGCGAUGAUCCCAUGGAACUUCUGCAUCACCACUUUCAUCGAGAUCUACCGGCUAGCUGUGCCCAUCUUUGUGCCUGAUGCCAAAUGGAUGCAUGCACUCGUUUGGCGUUAUUUCUACAGGACCGAGCUCCAGCAAAUCAACCGCUUCACCGAGUUAAGGCACGAGUGGCAAUCUUCAGCUAACUGCCACUUUCAUCCCCUGCCGCGCGACUGCCCCGACCCGGAGAACAACUUGGUCAGGAGACCCCCUCUCCUUCGCACCGGUGAGCGGGUCCCAUGGCUUCAGGCCGGGAUCCCCGACCUACCGCUGAGCCAGCAGAUCCGGAGGUGGUGGAUCUACACGGACUACAUGAAGAUGCCGCAUCUCAUGUACUUCACGGGGAUUGUGGACCUCAUGGAACAGGCCCUGCACUUCACGUAUGAGGAUGCCACGGACAUAGUGAAGAAGAUGCAGAAGGUGAACCAGGAGGCACUCCGUACCAGCACGGACUACUACAAGGCCAUGCUGUCCGCUCUCUGA